AAUAGAACCAAAAGUGGAAGUAGAAUAAAUAAGUGGGCGCCUGCAUAAUUUCAGGCGUACACAGACCAACUGCCUCUGGCUAUAGAAGACUGCUUUCCUCACCCAGACUCUCGCUCUUCCUUCUACCCAAAACGCAUCACCGAACCCCUCCGCUCCUCUCAAAUUCUCUUCUUCCGACCACUCGCCCAUUCGCCCACUCGCCCACCACAACCGCCCGUCGCCACAGUCUUUGCCCGGCCGCCGUGACUUCUCACAUGACCGGCAACGACGCGGUCAUGAAGGGCGCCGAGCCCUCGACGCUGGGAAUGGAUCUGUCUGUCGCCGCCGCCGGGUCUUUGGACAUUGCCACCUCGCUCGUCUCCAACCCUCUGGCGCGCAUGCCACCGGCCCAUGUCCUGGAGAUGAUCGCUAAGAUGGGCAAGAACGCCAAGGCUCGGGACUUAGCGAUCGCCAGCGCGGGUUCGCUUGACGCGCGAGCGGUCCUGCUGCUCACCGCCGCCUCGGUCAAGAAACUCGACGAUGACCUUCGGACGGUGAACGUCACCAUCUCUUUUGCGGCCGAAAAUGUUGUCAAUAACGAGGGUUGGAUGAGAUCGGUUUAUUACGAUCACGACAAGAAACUCCUCAAAGAGGCUCAGAAGGCAAGGGUAAGUCGCGACUCCCCUCUCACCCUCAACGCGCGCCGAGAUUGCUGACAUGGUGUUUAUCAUAUUGAAAAUUGAGGCCAUGAAAGAAGAGA